UCUCCCCGUUUUCCCAGUUUACCACUCUCUCUUUCCGCCCAUCUUCAUCUUUUCCUUCGCAGCCGUGCUGCUUGUCUUUCCCCUUCUUUUAUCCUUUCAAGUCAGCUCUCCUUCACAUUCUUUCUUCUACGGCUUCCGCGAAGUCACGUUCCUUGCGCCAUCAUGAAGUUCUCGACCUCUCUUUCGACACUUUUCGUACUUGUGCCUCUCAUUUCUCAAGUUUCGGCCUUGGCUGUCCGGCAACAACCUGGACUGGCUCCCGUUGACCUGGUGAGCCGUCAGCGAGGUGGCAACGGAGGUGGUAAUGGAGGAGGAAACAACGGCAAUAAUGCGGGUGGAAACAACAACAAUGCGGGUGGAAACAACAACAAUGCUGGUAAUGCGGCCAACAACAAUGCGGGUAACAACAAUACGGGUGGAAAUGCCAACAAUGCUGGUAAUGCGGCCAACAAUGCUACGGGCAAUGCUGCCAACAAUGGCGCGGGCAACGCUGCCAACAAUGCCACGAACAACAACAAUGGGAAUAACAGUAAUGACGCCCAAACUUCCUUGACUCUCGACCCCAAAGUCAUUGGACCAGGAUUUGCGCAAGACGGAAACGAAACACCUGUUGAUGGUCAAUCCGCUUCGCUGACGACAACGAAUAACUUCAUCAACUUCUGUUUGACUGUCAAUGCUCCUAUCACAAAUGGACAGCAAAUCCAAAGUGGCUCUUGCAACCCGAUACCGAUUGGUGCUAUUCCAAGUACCGACAACAUGCCUUCCGCGAAGUUCCAAGUUCCCGCCAACGGUGAUACCCUGCAGCAGAACACGGCUUUCACUGUGACGAUGGCCAUCCAAAACAUGCAAACCGGGACGUUUGUGAACGCGGAUACCAACUAUUUUUCUGCUCCCCAACAGUUGAACGGACAGGGUCAGAUUAUCGGUCACACUCACGUCGUCAUUGAAACGCUCGAUUCGCUGACCCAGACGACGCCCACUAAUCCCAAGAACUUUGCGUUCUUCAAGGGUAUCAAUGGUGCUGCUCAGAAUGGUGUUGUUACUGCUGAUGUUACAAACGGUCUUCCUGCGGGGGCGUACCGAAUCUGUUCCAUCAACUCGUCAUCAAACCACCAGCCUGUAAUCGUUCCCAUCGCUCAGCAUGGCAGUUUGGACGACUGCUCCUACUUCACUGUUACAGCGAACGGCCAAGCAGCCGGCAACAACGGCAACAACAACACCGGUGCUGCCGCUUCGAGCAGCGCGGCUGCUGCUGCUGCCGCCACUAGUGCCGCCACUGGAGCCAACAACCAAGGGACUGGCAAGGGUGGCAAUGGCAACGGCAAGAAGAACAACCGUCGCAGCGAAUGGAUAGCACGGGAAUACUAAGUGUCCUCCCAACUUGAGACUGCUGUCGAGACCGUAUAGACGGGGCAGGCUCCGGCGACUUAGAUUCUCACGCAGGUUCUUUCAUGUUGUAUUUUUCUUUCAUUCGUUAUCGUCCAGUCUGUUUUCAUACCCGCAUUUGUUUCUUUCUGUACUUAAUGAUGCAUGAUGGCCGGGAGGCUGUCACUUUUCAAAUAUAUUCGAGAUGGGCUGGUAAUUCGGGUGUAACGGAAAAUGACAAGACGA